UCCUCUUGCCGCCAUACAACUCCGCCUCCGGCCACGGCGAAGAUGACGAAGAAGACAGAAAGAAAAGUCAACGUUUCCGGGAAGCCGAAGCACUCCCUGGACGCGAACCGUACAGAUGGGAAGAACAAAGAGCAGCGUAGCGCGGCCACCGUGCGCCGCCUCAAGAUGUACAAGGUCCGCCCAAAGCGCGACCGCAAGGGAAAGUUCAUCAGCAACGAGUUCCAGUCCAAGGAGUUGCCUAACACUCGAAUCCAACCCGAUCGCCGCUGGUUCGGGAAUACUAGGGUUGUGGGGCAGCAAGAGCUUGGAGUGUUCCGCGACGAGCUCGAAAAACACAUGUCGAAUAGAUACAAUGUCAUUUUAAAGCAGAAGACGUUGCCCACGUCCCUUUUUGUUGAACAGAAGAAGCAAACCAGAGUUCAUCUGCUCGAGAGAGAGCCGUUUUCUGAUGCAUUUGGACCUAAGACAAAGAGGAAGCGUCCAAAACUCUUGGCAGCUAAUUACGAGUCCCUAGCUAAGAAAGCCGAUGGUUCUCAGGAUGCCUUUGAGCAGAAGCAUGAUGACAUUGCUGCAGAAGCAGGCGAAGCAGAUGGAUUCAGGGACCUGGUUCGCCAUACAAUGUUUGAGAAGGGACAAAGUAAACGUAUAUGGGGUGAGCUCUACAAAGUGGUAGACUCCUCAGAUGUUGUUGUCCAGGUUCUGGAUGCAAGGGAUCCUCAAGGUACUAGAUGUUACCACUUAGAGAAGCACUUGAAAGAGCAUUGCAAGCAUAAACACUUGAUUCUUUUGUUAAAUAAGUGUGAUUUGGUUCCUGCUUGGGCAACUAAAGGUUGGCUGAAAGUAUUGUCUGCGGAGUUCCCAACUCUUGCGUUUCAUGCUAGCAUCAACAAGUCAUUUGGCAAGGGUUCUCUUCUAUCAGUGUUGAGGCAAUUUUCCCGAUUGAAAAGUGACAAGCAAGCAAUUUCUGUGGGAUUCGUUGGGUAUCCCAAUGUUGGAAAGUCAUCUGUUAUCAACACACUGCGAACCAAAAAUGUUUGCAAGGUUGCUCCUAUUCCUGGGGAAACUAAAGUGUGGCAAUAUAUAACACUCACAAAGAGGAUCUUCUUGAUUGACUGCCCCGGAGUUGUCUAUCAAACUAACGACUCUGAAACGGAUAUUGUACUGAAGGGCGUGGUACGUGUCACAAACUUGCAGGAUGCUUCAGAGCACAUAGGAGAAGUGUUAAAACGAGUGAAGAAAGAGCACUUGCAAAGAGCAUAUAAGAUUAAGGACUGGGAGGAUGAUAAUGACUUUCUAGUUCAGCUAUGCAAAUCAUCUGGAAAGCUUUUGAAGGGUGGCGAACCUGACCUGAUGACAGCGGCUAAGAUGAUCCUCCAUGAUUGGCAGAGGGGUAAGAUACCAUUUUUUGUGCCUCCCCCACAAAGAGAAUUACCAUCAGAGGAGACUACUGCCACCGAAGUAGAAAGCGAUACACUAAUAGAUAAUAAUCAAGCAUCAGCAUUUAGAGCCAUUGCAAAUGUUAUUUCCUCCCAGCAGCAAAUGAGUGUCCCUGUUCAAAGGGAUCUUUAUAAUGAGAAUGAGUUAAAGGGAUCUAAGACCGAUGACCUUGGCAAAGAUGACGUUGAGGCUGAGAAAUCUGAGAAAUCCGCGGACUCAGAUGGCGAGACAUCUGAGAACUCUGAGGAUUCAGAUGAUGAAGUGUCUGAGCAAUCGUCUGAUGCAGAAGAUCAGACAUCUGAGUGAACUUAUUUGGCGGAAGACCAAAAUUAUGUGCGCUUCCAACAAGUGUCGAUGCUCUAGAGGAACCCUGUCGAUAGUUUCUUUUUGUAGUCCAUAAUGUUAUGAUUGUAUUUGUUUUUGUUUUAAUGAAAUCUUGCAAGUUAUGCUAAGAGCUUUAUUUCUUGUGACGGCCGUGUGGCACAGCUGUGGAGGUUGCCAUGUUGUCAAUCACUGGGCUGCAGGCAUUCAGGUUACAUAAUUUGAACCCCUAGCUUAGUCGUGCAGUGAGAGUGGUACGGUGGACUCCUCCAUUGGGGUGGCUUAAAGUAAAACGUAGAUGAGGCAUUUAACCAUAUAGUGCAAAUUGUGGAGGUACUGCCUCUGUUGUAAGGGAGAGUUUGGGGACUUUCCUUGCUGGUGAUGGUAAGCUAGGCAUAUCAAGGACUAUUAAGCCCGGAGCACAUUGAAGUACUAGCUAGGCUGCAAGCCAGCUUUCUGUUUUCUUGUGGAGCAAGGCUUUGUCCCUGCUAUUGUUGCAACUGAUCGAUGCUCUGAACAGAGAAUUCAUUGCUUUAAUUACUUUAAACAAGCUUACAUGCUUCAAGAGCUUUCAUGUCAAUUUAUUUUUACUUGAUGCUUACACGCACAGUGCUUCAACAUUUACUCAUUCCUUUGUUGUGUCUAUGGUCUACAUACUUUUAUGUUAGAUCACCCUAUUAAAAAUAAAAUUUGCUCAUUUCUACACCUC